AAGUGCAAAGCAGAAGAUAGGCGCACAGCAGAGACGAAGCAAGCACCGGCGCAUCGAAUAUGGAGAUCAACAGUCCACCACCGUGUCCAAACACGGUGACGAUCCGGCGUAACCCACACCGGAGGGCUAGGCCUCCUCCAACGCCAGCCACGGCAGCUCCGGGAAUGCCUUCCGCGGAUGCGGCCAAAGUACGGUCUUUUCCAACCGAGGAGAUUCUCUCCAUGGACAUCGCUAAAGCAGACCCUGUGUCAGAGAACCUGAGAGUUUUUCUGAGGAUUCGGCCACUUCUGCACGGUGGCGUUGGGGGAGAUCGGAAUUCAAAGCCGAGAUUCAAAAACGUUUGGCCCCAAAACCCCGCAAAGAGGAAAUCGGCGAUUGGACGAGCGUUGCAGAGCAAGAAGAACAAAGAUGCGGAGGUCUGUGUUAGGGUCAAUAAUCCACAGUCUGUGACGCUAUCACCACCGCUAGCGUUGCAAGAGAGUAACCGCAUAAAGACGGAGGUUUAUGACGGCUUUUCCCACGUCUUCUCCCCUGAUUCCUCUCAGGAGGAGGUGUAUGAGAAGAUGGUGAGGCCAUUGGUGGAUGAUUUUCUGAGGGGCAAAAGUGGGAUGCUUGCUGCAUUGGGGCCUAGUGGCUCUGGAAAAACUCAUACGGUUUUUGGGUGCCCCAGGCAGCCCGGUAUGGUGCCCCUUGCUCUUCAACACAUUUUCAGGCAGACUCGAGGAAGUAAUUCUGAGUCUAUGAGAUCAUUUUUCAUAUCAAUUUUUGAGAUAAGCUCUGAAAGGGGGAAAGGAGAGAGAUUAUUUGAUUUAUCUCCUAAUGGAGGUGAUUUAUGCAUGCAGCAAUUAACACUAAAAGGCCUACAAGAGAUAGCCAUUUCUGAUGCUAGACAGGCGGAGUCCAUAAUUGCUCAGGCAAUGCUAAAGCGUGCAACUGGUAUGACAAAUGCAAAUAGCCAAUCAAGCCGGUCGCAGUGUAUUAUUAACAUCCGUGGUGUUGCUGACAAGUCUAAUGGAGAGGGUAAUGAUCAAGCAAAUGAUGGUGUCCUUAGUAUUGUUGAUCUUGCUGGAGCUGAAAGAGAAAAAAGAACUGGGAAUCAGGGAGUAAGAUUGCUUGAAAGUAAUUUCAUCAACAACACAUCAAUGGUCUUUGGCUUGUGCUUGAGAUCUUUAUUGGAGCAUCAGAAGAACCCUAAGAAGCCUUUGCAGAAGCACUUCCAGAACUCUUUGUUGACCAAGUACCUGCGAGAGUAUUUGGAAGGCAAGAAGAGGAUGGCAUUGAUAUUAACAGUGAAAUCAGGAGAAGAAGAUUAUCGUGAUACAUCUUACGUGCUAAGACAAGCCUCGCCUUAUAUGGAAAUCAAGUACAAUAAUGUUGAAGAACCAUCAAAUAUCACAUACAACAAAAGGCAUGUCCAAGCUUUGUCUAGAAGUGAGCGGCACAAGAGAAUGAAAGUUACUGGUUCUGAUGCCUGCUUGAUUGAUGAAGGAAAAAGCAUUGAAGCUGAAAAUGGACUUUGUGAGGAAGGUUCUCUCAAAAGCAGUGAGGAGCCAGGAAUCUGCAAAUUGGACAUGAGUGGUUGUGCACCUUCAAAAUCAGGUUGUGCUGACUCUGGAGAAGGAGAGAGAAACCAUCAGAUAAUGCAGAGUUUUGCUAAAGCUUUAUGGAAUGUUUUGAAGCAGUAUAAAGAAAAACUCAAGAUGGCAGAUAACGAAAUCCAGCAUCUCAGAGAAAGCCUUGUGGCGGAAAGUACAAGAUAUAUUGAGCUUAAAAAGGAGCUCAAUGAUAUCAAGUCCUCCUGUGCAUGUUCCCACAGAAAAUCAGUUGAGGUCAGCGUAGUUGAAUUGGAUAUGAAUUUUCACGAGAGAGUACCACUGCAAAUCAAUGUUGAUGAGGUGAAAAGUUUGGAUGUUUGUGAGGUCGGUGCUUCAUGUCUUGAACUUGAAAACCCAAAUGAGCUGGAUCAUCAGACAUGUGAGAGCCUUUCUGGCAGUGGAAAUAGUGCUGAGGAUUUGUGUGAGUCCAAAUGUGUCAGAAUGGGGGAUAGUUAUUCGAGUGCAAAUGGAGCAGGGCUUCCAGGUUUUAUGGUGAACUCUUCCCAGUCACUGCAUAGAAAGGAUAGCUGUUCAUCUGUUGAGCUGGACCACAUGCUCAGUGGGGAGGAUGAGGAAUCCACGGAAGAUGUUGUAUUGACCGGUCAGUGCAAUGCUGUUGACCUGCUAGAUGGUGAGUGUAGACUUGAUACCUGUUGCCAAGCUUUGCAGUCGGGGGAAUCGGAAAGGAGAGUUUCGCCUGGUUCGUCUCCAUCACAAAGGGAUUGCAGGGCUUUGGAUGUUGAAAAUGAGAUUGAGAAACCACGGGAGUUAUUGAAUUUUACUACUACGUCGCCGCAAGAAGAUCUUGUGUCAAGUAAGGGGUGCGAAAUGAUUGAUAUUCCUGACAGUGAACGAAGGGUUACAACACGUGCUACAACAGCAGAGAAACCAAAAGGGUGCGAAGUGAUUGAUAUUCCUGACAGUGAACCAAGGGUUACAAAAUCAGAGAAAUCAAAAGAGUGCGAAUUGAUUGGUAUUCCUGACAGUGAACCGAGGGUUACAACAACUGCUACAAAAGCAGAAAAACCAAAAAGGAGACUUUUGCCCGCAUCAUCCUUAUUACUAAGGCAUUUCAGUACUUUGGACAUUGAGGAUGACGAUGAGAAGCCAAAGGGUGGGAAGAAGAAAUCAGGUGUUGAAGAAAGAAAAAUAACGCAGGGUAGCAUCUCUCUUUUGCGUUUGCUCAAGAGCGAUCUUCGUAUCUAGUAUUAGUACUAGCAGUAGUAGUGUAUACAUACACAUAAUUAUGUAUAAUAUACGAGCUCCACACUUGGCGUUGCCACCUGGGAUGGGCCUUUUUUGGUGUUUUGGGCCAACACACACCCAUCGUCAUACAUAUGUGAAGGUUCCCGCGAGAAGAAUGUACAAAACUUAUCACAAAAACCUGUCAAUGCCAUUCCUGCAAGUUGCAACUUACAACCCUUUUUUACCCGCUGAUCCCAUUGAAAGUGUCUUUUGAUCGAUGGGCCCACUUGUAUGUUAUGCGAGGUCAGCAUCUUCUAGCCUUUGAAAACCAUUGAUCAACUGAAAUUGAAAUGCUAAUCAUGCCAUAAAUUUUCAAGGUUUAUGACUAAUGAAUGGAAAUUUUGACUUUAAA